UGCUGGGCGGCUUCCUUGUUCAGAGGCGGGUUAGCGGAUACGGAGCGGACUGAGCGCCAUGGCUGCCGAGACUGCUAAAGCCGGCGGGGACACUGUCUUUGGUAAAAUAAUUCGCGGAGAAAUCCCGUGCGAGUUCCUCCACCAGGAUGACAAGUGUGUUGCUUUCAAAGAUAUUGAACCACAAGCUCCAGUACAUUUUCUAGUAGUUCCCAAAAAGCCUAUAUCUCGGUUGUCCAAAGCAGAAGAUUCUGAUGCAGAGCUUCUGGGACACCUGAUGAUUGUUGGUAAAAAGGUUGCAGAGCAGUUGGGCUUAACGAAGGGAUACCGGCUUAUUCUCAAUGAAGGCCCAGAAGGUGGCCAAUCUGUCUACCAUGUCCAUCUGCACGUUUGUGGUGGGCGUCAAAUGAACUGGCCACCUGGUUAACUACCACUGAACGUUUACUUCAUCCUUGGAAUGUUCAUGCUUGAUCUGAAAGAGCAUGAGAAAAGAACAAAAUACCAAUUUCACUGUAAUGCUUGUGAAAUAAAUUCCUUUUCAAAGAA